AUGUUGGGCGGUGGCGAACUAGGGGAGCAGUAUGAGCUUCAAGAGGGGGCGCCGCCGCCCGCCCGCGCGUCGCCGGAGGACGGCCUGCACGGUGCGCACCUGCGGGCGGGCUACUGGCGCUACGAGAGCACGCCGCGCACCGACCACGCCUGGUUGACCCUCAGCCGCUCGAUCCUCGCCGACUUCUCGCGCUUCUACAACUUCACGUUCGACGUCGUCACGAUCCCGGCCGCCGACGACGCCGUCUCCCUCGUCGCCGACGGUCGCGUCGACGUGCUGCUCAACUUCCUGACGGUGACGCCGCAGCGUCAGCGUCGCGUCACCUUCCUCUCGCCGCUCGUCAAGACGCACAAGACCUUCCUCGUGCGUCGGCCGCCGCUCGUCAGCGGUUUCACUUUCUUCGCGGCGUUUGACGUGACGACGUGGCUGACACUGCUUGCCGUCACCGUGGCGACGGCCGCGACGACCGCAGCGCUCGACGGUCGGCUCGCCCCCUGGCGGGAGCACGCGGCGGAUCGCGGGGGCGGUGAGGGCUGUGCGAGCGACAGAAGGGGAAGUGCGUUGCUAGCGUACUACGCGCGGUACGUGUUCGGCUCGCUGUUAAAGCAGGGCGGGCCGCGGCUCCCGGCGGCCACACCCGCGCGCGUCAUGCUAGCCACCUGGUGGUGCUUCGCGAUAAUCGUCGCGGCGCUGUACGGCGCCACCAUCGUCAGCCUGCUCGCCAUCGCGCAAGCCAAGCAGCCGUUCACGUCGCUCGCACAACUCUCGGCAGGCGGCACUGGCGUGCAGCCCGUCGUCGUCCGCGGACAGUCAAUCAUCGAGCUCCUAUCGUCGAGUCCCGCCGACAGCGACCUCGGUCGGCUCUGGGCGACCAUCGACGGCGUAGAUGGCGCCACGGUCGACUCGAUGCCGGAGGGCCUGCGGCGGAGUCUGCGCGGCGACGCGGCGAUGACGGGGAACGGCGUCGAGAUGGUGCUGGCGAUGAUGGAGGACGAGGAGGAGGUGUUGGGCCACGACGCCGCGGGGCAACCGUUCUGCCGCCUCGCGCUCUCGCCCGUGCGCUUCCUGCCCGCGAACAUGGCGUGGUCGCUGCCACUCGGAAGCCCGUACGCGAGCGUGCUCGACCACGCCAUGGUGCGCAGCAUCGAGAGCGGACUCUUCGCCAAGUGGCUGAACGAUAUCUUCCCGAUCUGGCUCAAGCUGUGCAUGAAUCACCCCGAGACGACCAUGCAGACGACGGCGCUAUCUAUGGGCCACCUGAGCGGAACUUUCCUCGUGCUCGUGUACGGAGGCGUGGUGGCGGCGGCCGUGCUGGCAGCGGAGACGGCGUUUCACCACCUGCGCAAAGUGGGCAGGAGACAUUUCUUCCAGCGGCAGGGUUAG